ACAACAGCAGUUCUAGGAAAGCGUCAAGAACAGUGGUUACAACAAAAUGGCAUUGUAUGGAAUUGAUGCAAACUAUGACCUGUUGUGUGCUGCCAGGUAUGGAGAACUUGAAGACGUUAAAGCGGCUCUGAAAGCUGGUGCAGACAUCGACUUCGACCACGUGGACUGUGAGUCCUCCAGCACUGGUACGGCGUUGUACAAUGCUUGCAUGAAGGGACACAUCGACGUGAUCAAACUGCUACUCCGCAAGGGGGCGUCUACGGCGAAGAGAGACAAGACUGCGUUUGCUCCCCUUCACGUAGCAGUACACGAAGGAAGGGCAGAAGUGGUGGACUUGUUGGUGCAGCAUGGUGCAACAGUAGACAUACGGGACGGCUUCCAGAACACUCCACUCAUGACUGCAUGCGUCUACAAUCGUGUGGACAUAGUUAAGCGACUGAUUCAGCUUGGAGCAAGGCCUGAUGUAAAAGAUGGCUACAUAGCCCAGAGGCAAGUAUACGUCCUUCUCGUGACCAAGUGAACUAUUGCUUCUUGAUGUAGAUACAUUUUCAUAUUA